CGCCCUGGAGGAAGUGGGGAGGAGGAGACUGCUUGGGAACCCCUCCUCUGCUCCCGCUCCAUCUCCUCCGCGCUCUGCGCUCCUUGCCUCGGCGUUACUUGCACAGAAGACCCUUCCCCGCCACACCGCGCGUGCCCUCUGCACCCAGCGCUGCCCUUCCCCCCGCCCUCCCCCCGCAGCCGCCCGGUUGUAAGUUGCAGGGCGACCAGAAGCCCAUAGCCAUGGCGACCCCCUCAGCUGCCUUUGAGGCCCUUAUGAAUGGAGUGACAAGCUGGGAUGUCCCUGAAGAUGCUGUCCCGUGUGAACUGCUUCUUAUUGGAGAGGCUUCCUUCCCAGUGAUGCUGAAUGACAUGGGCCAGGUCCUCAUUGCUGCAUCCUCCUAUGGCCGAGGCCGCCUGGUGGUGGUAUCCCACGAGGACUACUUGGUGGAAGCCCAGCUCACUCCCUUUCUCCUCAAUGCAGUGGGGUGGCUCUGUUCUUCCCCUGGGGCCCCCGUAGGUGUACACCCAUCCCUGGCACCUCUGGCCAAAAUCCUCGAGGGCUCUGGAGUGGAGGCGAAGCUUGAGCCGGAAGUGAAAGACUCCCUGGGGGUUUACUGUAUCGACGCCUACAAUGAAACCAUGACUGAAAAAUUGGUCAAGUUUAUGAAACAUGGAGGAGGUUUGCUCAUUGGAGGCCAAGCCUGGGAUUGGGCCAACCAAGGCGAUGAUGAAAGGGUUCUGUUCACAUUCCCUGGGAACCUCGUGACCAGUGUGGCAGGCAUAUACUUCACUGACAACAAAGGAGACACAAGUUUCUGUAAAGUGUCUAAGAAGAUGCCCAAGAUUCCAGUCUUAGUUAGUUGUGAAGACGAUCUCUCCGAGGACAGAGAGGAGCUUCUGCACGGAAUUUCUGAGCUGGACAUCAGCAACUCGGAUUGUUUCCCAUCCCAGCUGCUAGUGCAUGGAGCUUUAGCCUUUCCCCUGGGGUUAGAUUCCUACCACGGCUGUGUUAUAGCGGCUGCCCGUUAUGGCCGGGGCCGGGUGGUAGUGAUGGGCCACAAGGUAUUAUUCACUGUGGGUAAACUGGGCCCCUUUCUGCUCAAUGCUGUGCGCUGGCUGGAUGCAGGCCGCCGAGGCAAGAUCGUGGUGCAGACGGAACUAAGGACAAUGAGCGGCCUGCUUGCAGUGGGGGGCAUAGACACCAGCAUCGAGCCCAAUCUGACCAGUGAUGCGAGUGUCUAUUGCUUUGAGCCCACGAGUGAUGUGGGAGUCAAGGAGCUGCAGGAAUUUGUAGCUGAGGGCGGGGGCCUGUUUGUUGCAGCCCAAGCCUGGUGGUGGGCCUUCAAGAACCCCGGAGUGUCCCCUCUGGCUCGGUUCCCAGGGAACCUCCUGCUCAACGCCCUUGGCAUCAGUAUCACAAGCCAAAGCCUCAAUCCAGGGCCCUUUCGUACUCCGAAAGCGGGGAUAAGGACCUAUCACUUCCGCUCCACUCUGGCUGAGUUCCAGGUUAUCAUGGGCAGGAAGAGAGGGAAUGUGGAAAAGGGAUGGUUGGCAAAGCUGGGGCCGGAUGGCGCAGCUUUCCUGCAGAUCCCCGCAGAAGAGAUCCCUGCCUAUAUGUCUGUACAUCGGCUCCUCAGGAAGCUGCUGAGUCGAUACCGGCUCCCAGUGGCGACCCGAGAGAACCCAGUCAUCAAUGACUGCUGCAGGGGUGCUAUGCUCUCCCUGGCCACUGGUCUGGCCCACUCUGGGAGUGACCUCUCUCUGUUAGUCCCAGAAAUUGAAGACAUGUACAGCAGCUCCUAUCUGCGCCCCUCUGACUCUCCUAUCACCGUUCAGGUCAACUGCAACAAUCCAGGCACCCGAUAUUGCUGGAUGAGCACUGGGCUGUACAUACCUGGAAGGCAAAUUAUAGAGGUCUCACUGCCUGAAGCUGCUGCCUCUGCUGACCUGAAGGUACAGAUUGGCUGCCACACAGAUGACCUGACCAGGGCCAGCAAGCUGUUCCGAGGCCCACUGGUAAUCAACCGGUGCUGCUUGGACAAGCCCACAAAAUCAAUCACCUGCCUCUGGGGCGGCCUCCUCUACAUCAUCGUGCCUCAGAGCAGCAAGCUGGGUUCUGUGCCCAUCACUGUGAAGGGGGCUGUGCAUGCUCCAUUCUACAAGUUAGGGGAGACAUCCCUGGAGGAGUGGAAGAGGUGUCUCCAGGAGAAUAUUGGUCCCUGGGGAGAGCUGGCUACAGACAACAUCAUCCUGACAGUGCCAACUGCCAACCUUCGCACACUGGAUAAUCCUGAGCCGGUGCUUCGCCUCUGGGAUGAGGUGAUGCAGGCUGUGGCACGGCUGGGGGCCGAGCCCUUCCCCUUGCGUCUGCCUCAGAGGAUUGUUGCCGAUGUGCAGAUUUCAGUAGGCUGGAUGCAUGCGGGGUACCCCAUCAUGUGCCACCUGGAGUCAGUGCAGGAGCUCAUCAAUGAGAAACUCAUCAGAACCAAGGGGCUAUGGGGCCCUGUCCAUGAGCUCGGCCGCAACCAGCAGCGGCAGGAGUGGGAAUUCCCACCACACACCACCGAGGCCACCUGCAACCUGUGGUGUGUUUAUGUGCAUGAAACGGUCUUGGGCAUUCCUCGAGGCCGUGCCAAUAUUGCCCUGUGGCCCCCAGUACGGGAGAAAAGAGUCAGAAUCUACCUGAGCAAGGGUCCCAAUCUGAAAAACUGGAAUGCGUGGACAGCACUGGAAACAUAUUUACAGCUCCAGGAAGCUUUUGGUUGGGAGCCCUUCAUCCGUCUCUUCACUGAGUAUCGUAACCAGACCAACUUGCCCACCGACAAUGUUGACAAGAUGAAUCUGUGGGUGAAGAUGUUCUCCCACCAAGUGCAGAAGAAUCUGGCUCCCUUCUUUGAGGCCUGGGCCUGGCCAAUCCAGAAGGAAGUGGCUACCAGCCUGGCCUAUCUGCCUGAAUGGAAGGAAAAUAUUAUGAAAUUGUACCUCCUCACACAGAUGCCCCACUGAAAUUGAAGUGAAAAAAAACUGGAAGGCAUUUGGUUAUGAAUGAAGAAGACCUCAACACAUUUCUGGAAGAGAAAAAGUGGAUGAAACAUGAAAAAAGAAUGAAAGAGUGAAGGUACCUUUCAGACAGAAUAUAAGCUGAUCUGAAUAACAUAACCUCAGAGUGGCUUGGGCACCUGAAACGUCUAUUUCAUAAAGAAUUAUACCAGUUGUAAAAUUGAACCCCAUCACAUUCUACCCUAUCCCUUGUGCAUAGAAUACAGGCAGUCAACUAUUGGUACCAGUGAGAACUCUGUUGUUGCUAUUAUUGUUGUUGUUGUUGUUGUUUAUAUAAAGAAAUUGAAUAAAUUGCCCAAGAGAGGUAGGAGUUGGUGCUUCAGAAUGAAAUUUUUCUUUUUGUGGAAAUAAGUGAUCCCUUAGCCUAUCAGCUAAUUCUUUACUGAUAGUUGAAACCCCCCUACUCAAGUAACCAAGUGUUUCCAGUCAUAGAAGAAGCUUACUGGAAAAACAGACCAAACCAUACAAUGGCAGAGGAAACCCAUAUCAACUCCUAUAAAAGUCAACAGUUAUAUUGAUGCUUAAAUGCAAAUGGUCAGCUAGGAAUUCCCAGACAUUGAGCAUUGUGGGUGGUGGUGGGAUGGGGAGUGGGAGGGAGGGCCAAGGGAGACGAGACGUAUGUAAGAAAAAACUACCAAUUAGAAUUAGGAGAUUGGAAAACUGCACCCAAUUCUGGAGGAAACAAAGUCAAAAUUAAAAAAGUAACUUUAAAAUCUAGUUAUAUCUUCAGAGAGAUCUGAAGUAUAUUUGUAAGAUGAAAACAGGAUGCUACAAAGAAAGAAAAAACUCUGAGAAUAAGGAGAGCCCUUUAAAAGUGAAAUAUUGUCAAAAAUACCCCGUAGACAAGCUAGAAAUAAAGUUGAUGGAAUCUCCCUAGGUAUAGAGCAAAAAUAAAUAGCAGAAACUAUGAAGAAAGGAAAGAUCUAACCAUUAGUGUGUUUUUUUAAAGAGAAAACAGAAAAUAUAGGCAAAGAAAAAAAAAUUGAAGAACAGAAAGAACUAACUCUCCAGAUUCAGGGGGAUCCAAUAAAACCUACAUCGAGACACAAUUAUGUGAAAUUUUGGAAUAUUAAGGAUAGAGAGAAGACAUUAAAACUGCACAGAGAGAAAAUAAAACUGGGUCAUCAUAAUUAGCUUAGCCAAAAAGGAAUGAGAAAUAGACUAGGCAGCAGAUUUUUCAUCAGCAACACUAAAAGCUAGAAGCCGCCUUAACCAGUUUGACUCAGUGGAUAGAGCGUCGGCCUGCGAACUGAAGGAUCCCAGGUUCGAUUCCAGUCAAGGGCAUGUACCUUGGUUGCGGGCACAUCCCCAGUAGGGAGUGUGCAAGAGGCAGCUGAUCAAUGAUUCUCUCUCAUUGAUGUUUCUAGCUCUCUAUCCCUCUCCCUUCCUCUCUGUAAAAAUCAAUAAAAUAUAUUAAAAAAAAAAAAAAAAAG